CAGCGACGAAUCCGAUGAAUCAAAUAAGGCUAAGAGGCAAAGUAUGUGAACUUUGCAUUGCGCUAAACAGAAACACUUGAAAAUUGUUUAUCUGUAUUAUAUCUACUUCAAUAUUUUUGCAUUAGAUUUUGACAUUGCACUUUGUAUUGGGAAUUGUUAAUGUUGUGUAGUUGUUUCUUGAAUUAAAAAAGAUCAAAAAUGAGUGACAAUGAAAGAUCUGGAGAACGAGUUUAUGGAGGGUGUGAGGGUCCUGAUGCUAUGUAUGUAAAAUUAAUAAGUUCUGAUGGGCAUGAAUUCAUUGUUAAGCGUGAACACGCUUUAACAUCAGGAACGAUCAAAGCUAUGUUAUCAGGCCCUGGACAAUUUGCUGAAAAUGAAGCAAAUGAAGUCAAUUUCCGUGAGAUACCAUCCCAUGUUUUACAGAAAGUGUGUAUGUAUUUUACAUAUAAAGUGAGAUACACAAACAGUUCAACAGAAAUUCCAGAAUUUCCCAUUGCUCCAGAAAUAGCUCUAGAACUUUUGAUGGCAGCAAACUUUUUAGAUUGUUAA